CACAGCCCGAGUGCUGUGUUUCUGUUUUUUACACGCAUAGUCGUGUUAAAACACUUUAAUAAAUAAUAGGGAUAAAUAGGGAUUUAAAGAGUUCAUUCAAGUGAGACCCUACAAUUUGUUAAGUGUGAACAGUUUUCUUGUCCAAGAUGUGUUACAAGGGCAAUUUCCUCCAUCGCAUCCAAAUCGAGUGGGUCUGCCUCGCAGUGGCCAUUUUCGAUGCGAUCGGAAGUAUUGUGCUGUUGGGGUUCUAUGGUUGCGUAUGGUUUAUGAUAUUGGCCAUGUCAGAGACAGAAACGACGUGGCGAGGCAUAUUUGGUGGUGGCCCUUAUCGCGGUUGGAUUCCUGAAGUGUUCAUAUACGUCAUAUUGCCAUUUGUUGUUCUUGUGAACUUAAUCUUCUCCAUUCUGCUCUGCAAUGGAAUAUGUCAACGUCGACCACGGCCGGUGAAAGUUUACUUCUAUUUCGGGGUGGCAAUCACCGCACUAGCGGCCCUGUUGUGCGUGGUACUCUUCAGCUGCGACAGCGAUCAGCUGGGCCUGCACUUCUACACGGACCCUGACGCGGUCCUCGAGUUCAGGAUAGCUAAAGGCCUCUGGCUGCUGUUCGGAUGUGUUCUCCAUUCCGAGCUCGCCCAAAAACGCCUCAUGCUGGUCCAACAGACGCUCAAGAAGCUCGAAGAGAGGGAAUCCUUCGACCCCGUUCACCUGCAGGAAUUCAACACGAAACAAGAGCAUCACGUAUAA